AUGGCUAAUUUAAUCUGGUGUGGUUUGAAUUGCAGACUGAUUAUUGUACCAUUUGAUACUGAAGUGAUGGAUGCUUAUUCUUAUAACUGGGUCAUCUUGACAGCAAUACUUGUAGAAGAGAUUGAUGAUGCACCUGAUGAUGCAGGUGUUGAAGAUAUAGAUGUAAAUGAAAAAGAUGUAGCAUUUGUUGCUUAUGAGCUUUGA